AUGUUCCUCUGCCCACAGCAGCAGCACGAGGACCUGUCCGCUAAGAAGCUGCGGCUGACCAAGCCCAGCAAGUCAGCAGCGCUCCAUGUUGACCUGUGCAAAGCCACCUCGCCUGCAGAUGCCUUGCAGUACCUGCUCCAGUUUGCCAGGAAGCCCGUGGAAGUGGAGAGUGUGGAAGGGGUUGUCAGGAUCCUGCUGGAGCAUUAUUACAAGGAGAGCGAUGCCUCCGUAAGAUUGAAGAUUGCUUCCUUGCUGGGCUUGUUAUCGAAGACUGCAGGAUUUUCCCCAGACUGCAUUAUGGAUGAUGCCAUUAACACGCUUCAAAAUGAGAAGUCUCAUCAAGUCCUCGCUCAGCUGCUGGACACGCUGUUGGUGAUCGGCACAAAGCUCACGGAGAAUCCGUCUGUCAGGAUGAGACUCGUAGAGGUAGCCUGCAAGCAUCUGACAGAUUCUUCCCAUGGUGUAAGAAAUAAGUGUCUUCAGUUAAUCGGCUGUCUUGGACCAGUGGAGAAAGGUGUUGCAAAAGAAGUUGAAAGCCAGGCUGCCAAAGAUGUCCAGAAGAUAAUAGGAGAUCACUUUAACGAUCAGGACCCUCGUGUUAGGACCGCAGCUAUAAAAGCCAUGCUGCAGCUUCAUGAAAGAGGAUUAAAAUUACAGCAGGCUAUUUACAGUCAGGCCUGCAAGCUGUUGGCAGAUGAUUAUGAGCAAGUGCGCAGUGCUGCAGUUCAGCUAAUUUGGGUCCUCAGUCAACUUUACCCUGAAAGCAUCGUCCCGAUUCCUUCUUCUAAUGAAGAAAUUCGCUUGGUUGAUGAUGCAUUUGGAAAAAUUUGUCAUAUGGUUAGCGAUGGUUCCUGGGUUGUUAGAGUACAAGCUGCUAAGUUAUUGGGUUCUAUGCAACAAGUUAGCUCCCAUUUCUUAGAGCAGACCCUUGACAAGAAGCUCAUGUCAGAUCUGAGGAGGAAGCGCACAGCGCAUGAACGAGCCAAAGAACUCUACAGCUCUGGGGAGUUUUCAAGUGGCAGAAAGUGGGGAGAUGAUGCUCCCAAAGAAGAAAUUGAUACAGGUGCUGUAAACUUGAUUGAAUCAGGAGCUUGUGGGGCCUUUGUUCAUGGCCUGGAAGAUGAGAUGUACGAAGUUCGAAUUGCUGCGGUUGAAGCCCUCUGUAUGUUAGCUCAGUCCUCGCCUUCUUUUGCGGAAAAAUGCCUGGAUUUUUUGGUUGACAUGUUUAAUGAUGAAAUUGAGGAGGUGAGAUUGCAGUCAAUACACACAAUGAGAAAAAUUUCCAACAACAUCACGCUGCGGGAAGACCAGCUGGAUACCGUGUUAGCUGUCUUGGAGGAUUCUUCAAGGGACAUUCGGGAAGCGCUUCAUGAACUGCUGUGUUGCACCAAUGUCUCAACUAAAGAAGGCAUCCAUCUUGCACUCGUGGAGCUGCUGAAAAACCUGACGAAGUAUCCCACAGACAGAGAAUCCAUAUGGAAAUGUUUGAAGUUCUUGGGAAGCAGGCAUCCCACUUUGGUGCUUCCAUUAGUCCCAGAGCUGCUCAGCACACAUCCAUUCUUUGACACUCCAGAACCAGACAUGGAUGACCCAGCGUACAUUGCUGUGCUGGUUCUGAUUUUUAACGCUGCUAAAAGUUGCCCAACGAUGCCUGCCCUGUUCUCUGAUCAUACAUUCAGACAUUACGCCUAUCUUCGGGACAGCCUCUCUCAUCUGGUGCCUCCGUUAAGA